UGACUGGACACUUACUGUGUGCCAGGCUGUGUUCUGGGAUCUGGGGGUAAAACAGCAAAGCAGACCAGGCUUCUGCAUCCCUGGUGCUGACACACUGGUAUGGGAGAGAGCCAGUAAGUAAGAGAACAAAUAAAUGAACCAGGUCAUCAUUGAUACUGACCUGUGAAAGAAAGAAAAACCGUGUUCUGUGACGGGGCAGUGAUCAAGGGAUCCUCUUUGAGCCCGUUUGAGCUGAGAGCAUGACAAGAACGAGCAAGCUGUGGGGUGACUGGUGGAAUCCUGUUCCAGGCAGGAAGAACAGCUGUGUGAAGGCCCUGUGGUGGGAGUGAGAUUGUUGUGGUCAAGGGAGCGUGUUCUGAGGCAGAGUGAAGCCCCGUGGUCCCUGUGAUCUUGGGAGGAGGCGUCACUGGCUCCACUCACUCACUGGCUGCUCCUGCCCUAAGGAGCUCGGGGCCAUGAAAGCAUCUGUGGUGUUCUCCCUUCUUGGCUUCUUGGUAGCGCCAAGUGCUGCUUACGUUUUGGGCCGUUGCACAGUGGCUAAGAAACUCCGAGAAGGAGGCCUGGAUUAUUUUGAGGGCUACAGCCUUGAAAACUGGGUGUGUCUGGCUUAUUUUGAGAGCAAGUUCAACCCCACGGCUGUCUAUGAAAACGCACCUGAUGGCUACGCAGGCUUCGGCCUCUUUCAGAUCCGCAACGAUGGCUGGUGUGACCACGGCAAGAACCUCUGCCGCAUGUCAUGCUCUGAGAUGCUGAAUCCAAAUUUAAAGAAGACAAUUGAAUGUGUCAAGAUAAUUGUAAAAGGAAAAGAAGGGAUGGGAGCAUGGCCCACCUGGUCCCAGAACUGCCAGCUCUCCGACACUCUGGGGCGCUGGCUCGACGGGUGCAAGAUGUAGCCUCCAGUGGUCCCAUGACGCUCACCAGUAGCUUCCUGGGCAUGGAGAUGCUAUUCUGUUUGCUGCCUCACUCAGUCCUGUUGAUGAUGAUCGUACCGCCUGACAACUCCAGAUGGGGAGGGACAAAUGUUGGCUUCAUCCCAGGAUGCAGGACACAGAAUAAACCAAGCAGUUACUCAAGCUGA